UCUGACACGUGACCCCGCAGGCCCCCGCGCUGCUCAGCGGGCCAAGUCAGAAAACGCCAAGUCCGAGAGCACGUUCCAGGUGACGAUGCUGCCCGGGGACGGGGUGGGCCCCGAGCUCAUGCACGCGGUCAAGGAGGUGUUCAAGGCUGCCAGCGUCCCUGUGGUCUUCGACGAGCAUCACCUGAGCGAGGUGCAGAACAUGGCAUCGGAAGAGAAACUGGACCAGGUCGUUGAUUCUAUGAAGGAAAGUAAAGUCGCCCUUAUAGGCAAGAUCCACACCCCCAUGGAGUACAAGGGCGAGCUGGCUUCUUACGACAUGAGGCUCAGGCGCAAGUUAGACUUGUUCGCCAACGUCGUCCACGUGAAGAGCCUGCCAGGCUAUAAAACCCGCCACAACAACUUGGACCUGGUGAUUAUUCGUGAGCAGACGGAGGGGGAGUACAGCUCUCUGGAGCACGAGAGCGCCAAGGGGGUCAUCGAGUGCCUGAAGAUCAUCACCCGCGCCAAGUCCCAGCGCAUCGCCAAGUUCGCCUUCGACUACGCCACCAAGAAAGGGCGCUCCAAGGUCACGGCCGUGCACAAAGCCAACAUCAUGAAAUUAGGCGACGGGCUCUUCCUGCAGUGCUGUGAAGAAGUGGCAGAACUGUACCCCAAGAUCAAAUUUGACACCAUGAUCAUCGACAACUGCUGCAUGCAGCUGGUGCAGAACCCUUACCAGUUCGACGUUCUGGUCAUGCCCAACCUCUACGGAAACAUCAUCGAUAACCUGGCAGCCGGUUUGGUGGGCGGUGCCGGUGUGGUGCCCGGCGAGAGCUACAGCGCCGAGUACGCCGUGUUCGAGAUGGGCGCCCGCCACCCCUUUGCCCAGGCCGUGGGCAGGAACAUUGCCAACCCCACAGCCAUGCUGCUCUCGGCCGCAAACAUGCUGCGGCACCUCAACUUGGAAUUCCACUCCAAUCUGAUCUCGGACGCGGUGAAGAAGGUGAUCAAAGUGGGAAAAGUGCGCACGGCAGACAUGGGGGGCUACGCCACCUCCCUGGAUUUCACCCAAGCUGUGAUCGCCGCCCUGGACGCGUAGGGCCUCCACCUCCCGCUGGUAAUUUAUCACUUUCCGCUAACGAAUGCGGCCCCCGCAGCACGAGGGGGGUCGGCUCCCCAUCUCUGCCCCCCCUUACCCUGCUGAAGCAGCAAAACAAAGACAGAAAAGGCUCGACCA